AUGACAGCCACAACAUCAGUUCAGCUUUACGCCAACAUCCUCACCAAUGGUAUCAAUUCCAGCCUUCCUCUCCAAUCUGGCCAAUCAUCCGGCUUUCUUACUGGACUUGGGCAAACUAUGAGUCCAGCUCAAGCUAAUUAUUUCCUUUCCUGCCAAUCCAGCUAUGGUGGAUCCUCCGGCAACUUAAUUUCUCCAAAUCUAGCCAAUUCCGGGCAAAUGAUGUUGCCACUGCAGUCAGUGCCUACUACGACAUCACAGCAACACCAUACAUCUGUGCUAUCACAAUCUGCUAAUGCUGUACAAACAGAAUUACUCUCUCCGCACCAAAACAAUCAACCACAGCUUUCUUAUUCCCAGCAUCACCAAACACAAACAGUUCAGGAACAACAUGCUACGUCAAAUAGUCACCAGCAUAUGCAUCAAGCGAUCUCUGGGAUUUACGCUACACUUGCACAUGCUCCAGCAGAACCAGGAGCUUCCACCACAGGAGGUGAGAUACCAGAAGUCUUAACUACAACGGGUUUGAUGCCGACUGGUUCUGCAAUGACCAUAUCAACGCCACUAGCAACGCAACUCGGGCAGCUAACAAAUUUCGUUCCUUUCAGCCUUACUCCAGUAAGUGCUGCUUCCCAAACAGGGUCUCAAUACGCUGCUCGUUUUCCGACAAAUCUCGAAGAGCAACAUUCCAUAGCCGCAAAUCAAAGCCCUCAAAAAAAAAACAUGGAUGGGCAGACGCAGAAUCUUCAUUCACUCCAACAGGCACAGCAGCGAUCGCCGCAGCAAUCAGUUCAUCAGCAGCAGUUAGGGAAUCCUCAGUCAAAUUCAUUUUCUCUAGACGCCUACGGAAACUGCAAAAUUGCUCUCCGGGCUCCAGCCAGUACCUGCGCAAAUGGCUUCAGUUCAGCCAGUCUGCAAUGCAUCACAGGACAAUUGCCAAACGGUGAGUUGAAAAUUCCAGGAAAUACUUCUUUCGUAACUCGAUUUAGCCUUAAAAUUAAUGAUAAAAUAAUAUAUGUGCCAUUUCGCUCAGAUUAUAAUGACAAGUGGAAUAAAACAUAA